AGACUUGGCAACACUAAUUCGUUUCCUUCCUCUCCGAUUAAUUAUUAUUUUUUGUUUUUAAUUAUUUAUUUUAUUUUUUUUAUUACUUAAACUAGAGCAGAUGUCUGAGGCAGAUGAACCCGGGUGGCGAAUGGCUGUUGGAAAUGAAAGUCAAGGGAGCAGACAAACUGAAACGCGAUUGCGGUCUCUGCCUGAAAACUAACUACAGCUGUGACUAUUAUUAUUAUUAUUAUUAGUAUUAGUAUUAUUAAUAAUAAUAAUAAUAAUAAAGACUACCGGGGUGCACUUUUUUUCAGCAUUCCCUCCUCUAUCUUUUUCGCUAUACGGGUCUGCCCAUCGCCUUUUGUGGUCUAUCCCUGAAAACUAACUACAGAUGUGAUUAUUAUUAUUAUUAUUAUUAUUAUUAUUAUUAUUAUUAUUAUUAAUAAAGAAUACCGGGGUGCACUUUUUUUCACCCUCCCUCCUCUAUCUUUUUCGCUAUACGGGUCUGCCCAUCGCCUUGGACCUGAGCCCUGGAACUGGCCGGUCUGACCGAUUGCGUCCCUCCACGCCCCGAUGCAUCCCGGAGCCGCCUCGUCCAGCGGAGUGACCGGUGAAGCCGAACAGCGUAGCACCGGACCCGGCGCCGCCUCGUCCGACCGAGCCGGCUCAAUAACGACCUACCGGGAUUUCGUAACCAGCACCUACCUGGACCUGAUGAGCGCCAACCAGCACUCCAUUCACGCCUUGAACUGGAGGCGGCUGUACCUCAGCCGGGCGAAGCUGAAAGCCUCCAGCCGGACAUCAGCUCUCCUCUCCGGGUUUGCUAUGGUGGCCAUGGUGGAAGUGCAGCUGGACAACGACUAUGAUUACCCCAGCGGCCUCCUCAUGGCGUUCAGCGUGUGCACGACGGUGCUGGUGGCCGUCCACCUCUUCGCCCUGAUGGUCAGCACCUGCAUCCUCCCCCACAUCGAAGCGGUCAGCAACAUCCACAACCUGAACUCCGUGUGCGAGUCGCCCCACGAGCGCAUGCACUGCUACAUCGAGCUGGCCUGGGGCUUCUCCACCGCCCUGGGCAUCCUCCUGUUCCUGGCCGAGGUGGUGCUCUUGUGCUGGGUCAAGUUCAUGCCCUUAGGGGCCCCCCCCCCACCAGCCAGCCAGAACGGGACCCCCCCCUACACCGUGGUGGGCUCUGGAACUGGCUGGAACGUGGCUCUGGUGUCCACUGUGAUCAUGGUCCCAGUGGGUUUUGUGUUCGUGGCUUUCGCCCUUCAUUUUUACCGGUCGCUGGUGGGGCACAAGACUGACCGUCACAGGCAGGAGAUCGACGUGCUGAACCAGAUCAAGAGUCAGCUGGACGGGGCAGAUACUGGAGUGCAUGAUGUGUGAGAGGGGGAGAGGGGA